AAUAAAAGCCAGAGGCAACGGAAAGAAGGGAUGGGGGUGUGAAAAGUUGGAGGCUUGGCGGGUCGGCGAUUGUCGGCGGCUUCGAGAUCGAGGGUUUAGCUGCUUCUUAAUUUGGAUUUUCUUGAUGGAUCUGAGCUUUAUUUCUUCUGAUCUUUGAUCGUAACUGUUUCGCUGAUUAGAGCAAUAUCGCGAAGCCCUAGAUUUAUUUUGGGUGGAUGGAGUUGGAGAUCUGCUGAGAGAUUGGAUUUUGAAAACUAGGAAGGUUUUGCGGGUUGUGCAAAGGUGAUCAGCUCUUUUUGGUGGAGUUUUUGGACGAAUUCUGAGCUUAGGUGUUACCCUUUUUCGAUUUCAUGGCGUCUCCUCCUAUGCUCCCGGUGGAGGAUCAGACGGACGAGGAUUUCUUCGAUAGGCUGGUGGAGGAUGAGUUCGGUGACACGGGGUUACGCGAAGGAUCUAUUGAAGUGGACCGGUCAUUCUUGGAGACGGGCGUAGCAGAUGAGAGAAUGAAAUUGGAGGAUUCAGAUGAUACUAGGGUUUCUUCUGUUGAAGAGGAUGAGCUUGAGAACAGAACCAAUCAAGCUUCUCAGAAUCCAAAGGAGGGAGUGGAGUGGAUGGCUUCUGUGGAAUCUUCGAAUCUAUUGUUACGUGCUUGUGAAGCUGAAACCGUGGUUUCUGAGGAGAGGGUUACAGAUGUGGGAUCUUCACUUUUGUCAUCUGAAGUUGGGUCAGGUAGUCCCGCGGAGUUGAAGUCAGAGAUCAGGUCAUCGGAUUCAUCUGUGGAGCAAAGUGGCGGAUCUAAGAGUGCCGGGGUAAAGGAGGUGCAGUGGAGUGCGUUCUGUGCUGAUUCACAACAAUUUAGCUUUAGCGAUGUUGAGCCCUUUUCAGAUUUCUUACUAGAAAAUUCAGACGUUUCCACCAACCAGGAAAACAGGAAUGGUGACCUCAAGUCUAAUUUUUUUGACAACGCAGUUGCUGGUCAUGGCGAGGAUCUAGUUUCUUCUGAGCAGCAAGAUUCCUAUAUUUAUGGCACAGACAAUGGAUAUUCCACCGAUGCCAAUGAUCCUAAAUACUGGGAAAACCUUUACCCAGGUUGGAAGUUUGAUGCUAGCACUGGACAGUGGUACCAAGUAGAUGGUAAUGAUGCAGUUGCCGCCCAAUCAGAUAAUUACGAUGCAACUGAUGUAAAUGUGCAAGAAAGUUUUAGAAAUGAUCACUUGGGAGAUGGCAGUGGGUUUAUUUCGGGCAAAGCUGCACAGGUAUCUUAUUCCCAACAAAACUCGAGUUUAAUGGUUGGUGGAGUAGCUGAGGAUUGCAAAACAGGCAUUGCAUCCAGUUGCAAUCAGCAUUCUCAAAGUAGCAAUGGCUACCCUCCAAACAUGGUAUUUGAUCCGCAAUAUCCUGGCUGGUAUUUUGAUACAAAUACUCAGCAAUGGUAUACACUUGAUGAAUAUGCUCAAAGCAUUCAGCAGACAUCCCAUUCAGUUCAAGGACAGGUCAUUGGGGAUAUGAACACUUGUAAUGGCUUCAUUGGAGAAGCCAGUUCAAGCUUUUAUGGCGACGUCGGUCCACUGGAACAGAAUGGCAUUCAAGGUCAAGGGAACCAAAACUUGGCACAUUCUUGGGAUGUUUUGACGAAUAAAUUUGCUCAACAAAAUAUUCAUCAGUUUGAUGCCAAUGAUAACAGCAACAUGAGCUUUUCAGGAAACCAGCAGAUGAUGAAUUUUUAUGAUCCUAAGUUACAGGAAAUGAACAACCCGUCUCAGAAAGUAAGUUUCAACUCAUGGAGUACUUUUCCAAGUGUUUACAGCAAUAGUAAGGCCUCAGCUGGAUUUCAGAACUUUGUUCCUGCUGAAAGCAUGCAACUUAAUCAGCCUAAAGCAGAGCAAAGCCUGCAGUCGCAUUUGUCUCAAAGCUUUUAUGCUGAGGAGAACUCACUUAAUUAUCAUGGACAACAGUUUUAUAGCACAUCUUAUCCUAAUACCUCUUAUGCUGGCAAUGAAGGGAGAUCCUCUGCUGGCCGUCCUCCGCAUGCCUUGGUUACUUUCGGUUUUGGUGGGAAACUUGUAGUCAUGAAAGAUCCCAACACUUCUGGCAUGAACACGGGCUUUGAUAACAAAGAAGCUUCAGAGGGUGCUGUCUCAAUUCUCAACUUGAUGGAAGUUGUGAAGGAUCAAGCUGAGAUUGCAGGUGAUUAUUUCCAUUCUUUAGCUCAUCAUUCCUUUCCAGGGCCACUUGUUGGUGGGAAUGCUUCUACAAAGGAUGUAUACAAAUGGAUAGAUGAGAGCAUAACACAUUGCGAGUCUCCUACCAUGGACCCUAAGAAGGGGAAAAUGUUGAAAUUGCUUCUUUCAUUACUAAAAAUUUCUUGUCAACAUUAUGGAAAACUUCGAUCUCCAUUUGGGUCUGGCUUAUCACUUGAGGAAGAUGAUGGCCCAGAAUCAUCUGUAACUAAGCUUUUUGCAUCUGCUCGAGCAGAUCUUCCUCAUCUUACUCAUUUUAUGCAGAGCAGUCCAUCUGCGGCAAAUAUUCAGGCCACUUCUAUUGAGAUGCAAAAUUUACUUGUUUCUGGUAAAAGAAAAGAGGCCCUGCAGUGCGCACAAGUAGGUCAGUUGUGGGGUCCUGCUCUUGUUCUUGCUGCGCAGCUUGGUGAGAAGUUUUAUGUUGAUACUGUGAAACAAAUGGCACAUCGCCUUUUGAUUUGUGGAUCACCUCUCAGAACAUUGUGUCUUCUUAUUGCGGGACAACCUGCUGAUGUGUUUGCUACAGAGAGCUCAGCCAUUGGUAGCUUUCCUAGCACUGCAAAUGCAGAUGAACAGCCCUCCAAGGUUCAAUCCAACUACAUGCUUGAUGAUUGGGAGGAGAACUUGGCCAUCAUUACCGCAAAUAGAACAAAGGAUGAUGAGUUGGUUGUAAUCCAUCUCGGUGAUUGUCUAUGGAAAGAGAGAGGAGAGGUCACUGCUGCUCACACUUGUUACUUAGCUGCUGAAGCAAAUUUUGAAUCAUAUUCCGAUAGUGCAAGACUCUGUCUAAUUGGUGCAGAUCAUUGGAAAUAUCCUAGAACUUAUGCUGGUCCAGAUGCUAUUCAGAGAACAGAAUUAUAUGAAUAUGCAAAAGUUCUUGGAAAUUCCCAGUUUGUCCUCCACCCUUUUCAACCAUAUAAGCUUAUAUAUGCCAAUAUGCUUGCUGAGAUUGGGAAAACAUCUGAUUCACUGAGGUACUGUCAAGCAUCUAUGAAAUUGUUACGAAAUUCUACUCGUACUCCUGAAGUAGAAAUAUGGAAGUCAUUGUUAUCUUCACUUGAAGAGAGAUUAUCCGCCCAUCAGCAGGGUGGAUAUGGUGAAAACUUGGCCCCUUCUAAAAUUGUUGGUAAAUUAUUUACUUCCAUCGAUAGGUCAAUACAUCGUAUGAUGGGCGCCCCGUCAUCAUUGCCGCCAAUGCCACAGAACAAUGCCAAUGGUAAAGGAAGCCACCUGGUUUCCACAAAGGUAGUAAACAGUCAGUCUACAAUGGCCAUGUCAACCUUGAUUCCAUCAGCAUCAGUAGAUGGCAUGAGUGAAUGGACAACUGAUUCUGGCCGGAAAAGUUUGCACAGCAGAAGCAUUUCAGAGCCAGAUUUUGGUAGAACCCCGAAGCAGGAUGCAAAAAACCGUUCCAGUUCAGGAGAUGCUCAAAACAAAACAUCACCAUCUCGUUUUGGUCGCAUAGGCUCACAGUUCUUUCAAAAGACCGUGAGUUGGGUAUCAAGAUCACGUUCAGAUCGACAGGCAAAAUUAGGAGAAAGUAACAAGUUUUACUACGACGAGAAACUCAAAAGAUGGGUAGAAGAAGGCGCAGAACCUCCUGAAGAAGUCUCCUUACCACCACCUCCAAAAAUCACCUCAUUCCAGAAUGGCACCACAGAGUACAACAUCAACAAUGCCUUGAAGAAUCAAAACCUCACUGCUAAUAGAGGCUCAGAAACAAAAUCUCCGACUCCUUCGGAGAGCUCUGGAAUCCCACCCAUGUCACCCAGUCCCAGCCAAUUCUCAGCACGCAGAAUGGGCGGUGUUCGAUCAAGGUAUGUUGAUACCUUCAACAAAGGCAGCGAUUCACUAUCCAACUCGUUCCAAUCCCCUUCAGCUCCAGCUGCUAAACCUGCUGCUGCAGCCAAAUUUUUUGUCCCAGCGGCGCCCUCUAAUGAAGAUGUGGUUAAUUCCUCCGGAGCCGGUAUUCCUGAAACUGGAACCGACGGAGAUCUUAGUACAUCAUUAGGCACUGAAAUAUCAUUUAAUUCGCCGUCGCCGCCACCGCCACCAUCAUCAACCAUCGAAAGACUUCCUACUAUGACUAAUAUAGACCCAUAUAAGAACAAGGAGACAACAACAGCAUUACAGAACGGGAAUGGCUUCCUUUCUCACUCUCCGAUGAUAACAAGCAAUGCUAAAUUCAAUGAAAUAACGCCAUUUUUCCCAUCAAAUCCUGCAACAGUACAUCCAAGCAGUUUGUUACAGCAAUUCAAUGUUGGCUCUCCAGGUGAAGAUCUUGAUGAGGUUGAACUGUCAUAAUAUGAAUUCCCAUAUGUCUUUUUGUGCCCUCUUUUAAAGGUAUAGGAAGUGAGAGAGGUUUUACAAGAGUGAGAAAAUGUAAUGAAAUGUCAUAUGGUGUAAUUCUAAAUAUGUUGAGCUGGUUUGUUUGUUUCCCGCAUGGAAAGUUUGUGGGAACCAUUGUACAGAUAAUUUGUUUAUUUAUUCUGCCAGUAAGAAAUCUCCAUUUCUUUGAA